AUGGAGAAUGCUUGUUUGAAUGAUGCGAAGGAAGUUGGUAUGUUAUUCAAUUCAGAACAGGAAGCAUAUGAUUUUUACAACAGUUACGGACGAGCAAUGGGGUUUAGUAUUAGGAGACACAUUGUGAAUAAAAGCAAGAAAGACAGAGAGACUAUUACGUCAAGGCGGUUUGUUUGUUCAAAAGCUGGGUCUCGACAACCAGACAAGCGAGACAAGAAUGUUACUAACCCCCGAGCUGAGACAAGAACAAAUUGCAAAGCAGAGAUGGCCAUAUGUUUGGGUGGGGAUGGAAAAUAUAUGUGUCGUGAAUUUGUGGAGGAACAUAAUCAUGAUCUCCAUACUGAUUCAACAGUUCAUAUGAUGCGUUCACAGAGGCAUAUUUCAGACAUACAUAUGUAUGAAAUUGAUUUGGCUGAUGACUCGGGCAUUAGACCUAGAUUCACAAUUGAGUUGAUGGGUAGGCAGGCUGGUGGGAUCGAAAACUUGAGUUGUACGACCCAAGAUGUUAGGAACUACCUCCGUACUAAAAGAAUGAGUUCCUUAUCAUAUGGUGAAGCAGGUAGUUUGUUGGAUUACUUUGUUACUCAAACUAGGAACAAUCCAUCUUUCACAUACUCAGUUCAGCUGGAUAGUGAAGAACAAAUAACUAAUAUAUUUUGGGCUGAUCCAAAGAUGAUCAUUGAUUAUGCACACUUUGGAGAUGUAGUCAGCUUCGACACUACAUUUCGCACCAACAGACAGUGUAGGCCGCUUGGGGUGUUUGCUGGAUUUAAUCACCAUAGAGGAUGCACUGUAUUCGGGGCCACACUUUUAUAUGAUGAGACAGUGGAAUCUUUCAAGUGGUUGUUUGAGGUAUUUGCUGAGGCACAUGGUGGAAAGAAGCCUAUAACUAUCUUCACGGACCAAGAUGCUGCUAUGACUAUAGCAUUAACAGACAUGUGGCCUCAGACGUGGCAUGGGUUGUGUACAUGGCACUUAAUGCAGAAUGGCAUUAAGCAUUUGGGUAAUAUGAUGAAAGAUGGCUCCGGGUUUCUUAAAGAUAUAAAGAAAUGCAUAUACCAAUAUGAUGAGGAAGAACAAUUCGACAGAGCAUGGUCUAGAUUGCUUAGUGAAAAUGGUGUUAUGGAUAAUGCAUGGUUGAGACGCAUGUAUACACUUAGAAAUAAAUGGGCGAAGUGCUACAUGAAAAACACAUUCACAUUAGGUAUUCGAAGUACACUACUCAGUGAGAGUUUAAAUAGUGAUUUGAAGGAUUAUUUGAAGUCAACUUUGGAUGUUGUGCAAUUUUUUAAGCACUUUGAGAGAGUUCGUAAUCAGAAGCGUGGCAAUGAAUUAAAAUCUGAAUUUGAAUCAACAAACAAGUUGCCACGACUUGCAAAUUCAAUGUCAAUUGUCCAGAAACAAGCUGGAUCAGUUUACACUCCUACCAUUUAUGCGUUAUUUCAAGAGGAAUAUAAUUGGAUGACUGUUUGUUGCAUCAGAGACCGAACUGAUAGAUUUCCCUUCAUUGAUUUUCGAGUUGGGAUUGUUGAUGUAGAAGGCGAAUAUCAAGUAUGUUGUAACCCGCUUGCUGGAAUUAUAGUUUGCGCGUGCAGGAAAUUUGAAACAGAUGGUAUUCUUUGUUGCCAUUGUUUGAAAGUUUUAGAUGUGCUCAACAUAAAGCGUAUUCCUGAUUCUUACAUUUUGAAGAGAUGGACACGGGGAGCAAGAACUAUGGUAGUUAAUGACAAUAGGGGGAAAGAAAUUGAAGAGGAUGUCAACCUGGACCGUACACAGCGGUAUAGGCGUAUUUGUCAUGAAUUUGUUGAAAUAGCAUCAAAAGCUGCUAACACAUUUGAGGGUUACGAAUUGAUGAAAGAUGCUGCUAACGAAUUAAGAUUGAAGGUUGGUAAUAUUAGAAUCAACCCAGCCGAUUGCCCUGAUAUGCCAAUAUUGCCUGAUUUCUCAACUGACGUGUAUGAUGGGAUACGUUUCAAACAUAAAGAGAAAAGUUGGAGCAGGCUAAUGCAACAAAGAAAUUUGAAUGAAUCUCACAAGUUUCUAAUCGAAAUGGAUGUUGCGGGUUUAUCUGUUACUGAUUAUUCCUAUUAA